ACAGUUUGGAGCCAAUGUUUGCGAUUGUUUAAUGAGCUCUCGCUCAUUAGCAUCGAAGCACAUUACGCGUUGAUUGGUUUAAAUUCCGUGACGCAUCUAAUGUCUCUGUUAACAUUCACAGGUCAAAAUUUCUGCCUUGUGCACAAAGUCGCUUGUAUGAUCCACACGACUUUGUCUAAACAUUGUAUUUUCUUGGUUUCAGGAGAUGUAAUUUUGCCGCGACAAUAGAUUCACGAGAAUUCAAUGCUUUUAUGAACUUGCAGGAGUCGCAGAUUGCUUUCCUGGUGGAACUUUUGAGUCAUGUGUCGACACUUGCGCCGUUUGCCUGAGAGAAAAACAUUACAUGGAAAUGGUUUGUGUACAUAGUUUUGCUGAAAGAUUUUAACAAAAGUUUGGACAUGAUUGAUGGGAAGAUUCAUGGAACGGAUUGCUUUGAAGUCGAUUCGUUUCUACAGAGAAAUGGGUUUUCUAAGCUCUACCAAGUUAAACACAAGGAGAAUGGAAGGUUUUACACGAUGGAAGUGGCGCCGCGGGAUGGCAACUCGAAAGCGCCCGUUAGCCCUUAUGUGCAGCUAACCAAAGCAUUGUUCUCUCCAUUCUGGGUCAGUCUACGGUUUACUUUCCAAACUCGCUCAAAGUUCUACUACAUUUUAGAUUUCGCGGGGAAGGAAACUUUGUCUGAGCGAGUGAAAUCUUUCGGAGGAUGUGUCGCCGAGUCGAUGGCGAGAUUUUACGCGGCAGAAAUCGCGCUCGCUUUGGAGGAAUUUCACAGCGCUUGUCUGGCUUACAAGGAGCUUGCCUUAGAAAUGGUUCACCUGGAUGCGGAGGGUCACAUUGUGCUUUGGCGGAAUUUUUGCGGGAAGUUAUACUGGAGUAAACACGAAUGCGUUUGCUCGCUUGGCGGGUUCUGUCAUGGCGAUCCGUGUGACAACAACCACAACCUCAAGAGUGAGUUUGAUUUUCGACAAGACUGGAAGGCUCUUGGAAAAGUGAUAAAUGUGCUGUUGAUGGGAAAUGACUCUACGAGAGCUUCUAACGAAAGUUCCCUCUCGUCCGCUGCCAGUGAUUUGAUCAGUAGACUGGUGCGAGGCGACAUUUCUCGAUGCGACCAGAUCCAGUCCCACCCGUUUUUCAAGGGCAUCAACUGGAACGAGAUAAAAGCGAGAAAAGUUCGACCUCCCAUGAAUGGUGAAAAUGGGCCAAGUCAAACGAGUUCUUCUGCUAGUUUUUCAUCAAUGGGAACCAAAAUGAACAAUGGACCCUCUUCGUUUCAUCGGCCCCAUAGUCUAUCGCACUACAGUGACCCGGGAGAUCCUAGAUAUCUUAGGAGCGCCCCUGACUAUUUGGCACGAGGCGCCAGUCUCCACAGUGCGGUUUCUACCCCUGAUCUUCGCGCGUUAGAUCGAGAGUACCCGAUCUUGCAUCAUCACACGUCUCUUCCGGCAAGAGACUUGCAGUAUCACUAUGGAAACCCUGAUUAUGUCAAUGCGAGAGCACGUGACUUUCAACCCAGACCCGAGAGGGGAGUGGAAAGGAGGAGGAUUUUAUCAUCGCGUUCAAUGAGCGACUUAACUUCUUUUGAUGGUAACGAUGGUGCAUUUUUCUCACAUUCUCCCACGUCUCUUCAAAGAACCUUCGUUUAUCCAAAUUAUGAAAGAGCUCCAAAUUUCACGAAACCAUUUCAACUGCCUUCUGACAACCCUCAAGAAGCGUACAAAGGAGAAUAUCCUCUUCGAUCUUCAGGAAGUUCUCCUGAUUUAACAAGCAGUUAUGGUCCUCCUGUGUUCUCGCCAAGAUCCUCACCAACCCCUUCUCAGUAUAGUGACUACAGUUCAUACUCUUCGUAUAGUACUGAGCCCUCCCCCCGUAGUGGAAACACAUCCCCCUAUCAAACCCCGCGUUCGCGGUACAGCGACGAUCGUUUGUUACCAAACGAAAAUGGCAGCGCGCUCGAGUUACCAAGAUGGGAGCGUAGCUCGCCAAGAGAAUCGGAAAAUCAUCGUGGAGGUUCGAAAUCUCCGAAUGCCUUCCGAAGGGGACAAUCUCCACUGCCCUACAGUGAGUCGCGUGUAGUCGAUAAUUUAUCGUCUCCGAGUAACAUUCCCAUCCACAAACCAUCCACUCAACAGCGGUCAUUUCAAGGCUCCGAUUUUACGACGGGGCACGACACUAACCGAACGUCUUACGGCAUGGAUCGUGAGCGAUCGCCAACGCUUAGUCGCACUCGUUCGUUAUCGAAUUUAAGCGACGAACAGGAACGAACUAUUCCGAAGGGAGCUUCGGAUAAGAGGAGGGACAGUUUACCACUGGCUGUAGGUGGCGCCAGAGAGAAAUACCCUUUGGCGCGAGUUCCAAUACCGUCUUUUCGUGAAUUCAAGCAGAAGAAUUUGGAGGAAAAUUCGAAAAAUAAAACUUUAAUUGGAAAGGAUAGAGUGCAGGAAAAACUAUCAGAGAAAUCUCCUAGGGCAGAUGCUAAGCAAGAAUCUACAAGGAAGGCAGAAUUAAGAGCUGGUUUGAAAGAAAGGUUAUCUUCUUUGUAUGAGAGCGCCAAAGACAUAUCAGCUCAAAGCGCGACAAAAAGAUUUGUUGACUCUUACACGUUGAAUACGUCAGGAAAAGAUUCAGCGGGAAAAAUUGAGAAAGGAACUAUUGGAAAAUCGUUUGUUGCAAAGUCAACGGAGUUGACAGAGGCAAAGCCAAAUAAUUCGGGAGACGCAAAGAAAUCGGAGAGUUCACGAAAACUUUCCAAGAGCAGACUUGAAAGCCCUUUUUCUAAGAACGAGGUGAUUCAUAACUUAAUGCUGAAAUAUGGUUUGUACGAGAAAGGCGGGCAAAAGAAAGCAAAAAGUCCGAAUGGUGAAAGAAAGGAAACUGUGUUACGGAAGGACAGUUCACAUGCAAAUACACUCGAAAGAAACAAUAAAAACGAAGCAGAUCCAAAAUCUGAAAACAGUUCUUUGUCAAGUAAAAGAGGUGUUUCUGCAACUGAUAAAGAACGUUCUACACAGGAAGUUGAAAACAACCUGCGAAAUGCAACAGAGUCGAACAGAACUGCUCCAAGGACCAGCCCGCUUCCAUCCGCUAUCCAGGGUAUACCAUCUGAACCGAAAAAAUCCGCGGCUGAACGUUUUAGAGAAUUGCGAAGGCAAGGUGGACCUCGUAACCGAAAUUUAGAAGCAGUAAACACUAGAGACAAAGAGAAAACCGCGGAGCUUAAUGCAACGGAAAAUGCAUCAAUAAAAGAUGCGCCGGCGCUAACCAAAGAAAGUUUGAAGCGAGAAGACAGCGACACUGGAUUUUUUGACAAGCAUAGUUCUGGUGAAUUUCGACGAAAUGAUAUGGAUUCAACUGCUGCAGAUAUUGUCAGAACGAGAUCGAGUGCUUUAGAAAAUAGCAUAACAACAACAAAUGGAUUCUCCGAGAGUCAAAAGGUCGCUGCCGAUUUGAACCCUAGUCCAGGGUCACCUCGAAAAAAGAAGAGCUCAAUUAGUCUUCGUGGAACUUCCAGAGCGAUCUUAUGCGCAACAAAGUUCAAAAGAGCCACAAACAGGGACUCAAAGACACCGAACGGUUCACCAUUGCCAGAUAAAAGGCAGAUCGAGGAUAUUAUUGCGAAAGGUGAUACAACUGCAAAGGUUGAGAGUCGAGAUCAACAGAGCGAAAGACGUAAAGAUACCAUCGGAAUUACACGGAACGAGUCGGUCGAGAAACGAUCUCCAAACACCCGACGACGACGAUUCCGAACGGACGGAAGACUUCGGAAGGGUGGGAUUCACACGAGCAUGCUCAGUGUGGCUAGCAACGCAUGUAUGACAGACUCGGAAAUGGAAGACACGGUCAGCAUUUACAGUGAAGUGGACUCGCUCGACGAUGAAAGAGGAACACGAGGAAGGCGAUGGGAAAGUUUCUAUAGCAACAUCAGUGCUGACAGUGGCUCCGCCCAUCUGUUUGAAUUCGAAACGGAUUCCAAUGCAACUGAGUUUGAUGAAGUGUUCGAUGACCAGGAAUCUGAAGAUGAGCAUCCCAAAAGUGAAGCAGAAGUGGAACGCACUGACAGUGGUGUCGGAGGUGACAUGGGCCAGAGUCCCUUGAGGCGCUCGUGGGAGGAGAUUGUCAUGAAGAGCUCAGAACACUGGUCCGUUGUAGCUGCCUCCGCCCGGCACUGGCAAGAAUUGGCCCGCAGAAAGAAAGGUAACGAGGGCGAGGCGACUACAGUGAAGAAAAGAAGCUCAGUGCAUUCUAUUACAGAGGAUAUGGUAAGUUUCAAGCAAUUAAAACCAAUGAUUGUCUCCCCUAUAGCUUUUGCGCUACGCAAUGUUUUGUAUAAAGCACCGUCCAAACUAAUACGUAUCGUAGCCUGUGUCACAGCCACACUCUCAGAGAGAAAACAUCGGAGAAAAAUCGGCUCUCCGAUUUUUUCUUUCGGGGAGAGCGGCAGUGACACAGCCUCAAUCUCAAAUGCAAUGGGUAUUUUUGUAAUACGCUUUCUUUCUUUCCAGUUGAACACGACCGUUGAAUCUCGCCAAAAGCGUUAUCGAGCCAGCCAACAGUUGGGUAGAUCAGAUUCCCUAGAUAAACUACAGAUGAAGAAGAUGGCGUCAGAUAUCCUUAAUUGGACCAUGGAGGAAAUGCAACUUUUAAUGCACGGCGUAUUUCAGAUCACUAUCCACGAGUUCGGCGCAAGCUGGAACCGACGUAGCAGUAAGAAAGCCAUUUCAGUGUGUGCUCUGUUCUGCGUCAGAGGUCACUCAGAGUAUGUUCGCAUCGACUCUGACGAUGAGGGGGAGUGUGAGGAGCCGUUAUUUCCCGGGGAGGGUGACGUGACAGACGCUGCUGUCGUUCUUCUCAGAAAGAAGAUGAGCGGGAAGUACACUUUGUUUAAGGAACCACUGUACUUGGACAUGUGUGUAAUUUACAGAGACUGUGAACGGAAGGACGCCUUUGAGAUCAUGUCAAUAGGCAAAGAGACGUACGUCUUCAGAGCAUCCUCCAGUCGCGAGUAUCGAAGAUGGCUGAAGUAUCUCAGGCUUGAAGCAAAAGAACUUGGAGGGUGGAAGAGACGACGUCACGGACUUCCCAAUAUCAUGAUUAAAAAUCUGUAGAUCUAUUCCUGUAAUGAUAGUGUCCAUGUAAACAUUUGCUUCAAAAAGUUGCAAUCUCAACAAGUUGCGUGACAACCCAUAUUUUGGUCGUCACGCAACGCUUCUUAACUGGGAGAAUCGUUGCGUGACAAUGCCUUCAGAAGGAGACCACUUCAUAAGGAACAGAUUGGAAAAUAUACAUAGAACAAUUUCUUUAUGUACAAGCCUUAAAGGUCAUUUCUUUUCUGACCGUAUCGAAAAUCGUUUGCGGUUCAAAAGUGUGAAAACGCAAAAAAAAAAACUUUACUUGUCGCCUGUCAUUCACUGAAGAACAUAAUAUAUUUCGUUAUCAGAAACAGAAAAAAUGUAGUAUAAUGUAUAAAUUUGUCGUCCAAAAUAAAUUAUGAACAGAU